AUGUCGACGUCGGGGGCGAACGCGCUGGGCGCGCACGCGUACGCGCGAUUGCGAUUCGAUGACGUCUCGGAGCGCGCGGUGGCGCAUCUCGCGAGCGCGCUGCAGUGGCAUCGGGGCAGCGCGUUCGAGGGACAGUUUCUGGCGCAGAGUGAAGCGAGAGCGGGUAUGGGAUGCGCGCCGCCGCACGUGGCGCUCGUCUCUGGUCUGGACGGAACCGGUUUAGGCGGGAAGGAGAUCACGGAGACGCUUCGCGCGGUCGCGUCGGCGCACGGACCAGCGAGCGGGAGGGUGCUACCGAAGUGUAAAGUGAUGCAAAAUGGGUGUGUGUUGGUCGGGAUCGAUUGUCCGGGAUCGUUGGAGAUCGCACGGGCGCUGAGCUCGGCGCUCCCGGGAGCGGAUCCGUAUUACGCCAACCAAAGACCGGAUCAGCAGCUCAUGACGCUCGGGAGGUUCGCCGGCACGGACGCCGCGGGCUUCGCCGCGUGGUUAUCGGAGUCACUCGCGGGACAGCGCACGCUGCUCCCGGAGCUCAGAUGCGUGAGCGUGCAGCUCAGCGAAGAGGCGCAUCCGUUUCCGAAUCCACAAAUCGCGCUCACGGGUAUGAGCGCGCGGAGUGGUGGGGAUAUGGGCGGUCUGGGCGCGGGGCUUGGAUCUGGUGUCGGCUUGGGAUUGAACCUCGGCGUAGGUCUUGGCUUGAGUGGCGGGUUUGGUGGCUUGGGUGGCGCGUCGUAUGCAAACGACUUCGGUGUCGGCGCCCCGACGGGUGCGGCAACGAGCACGUUUGGGUCAACGUUGAGUGAAACGCCAGCUCCCGCGCCGAUGCCGGCGCCGCCGAUGCCAAGUACGCCGCCUCCGCGGCGUGCGGCGGUGAUGCCCGCAGCGCCUCCUUCGUACGCGAGUGCGAUCGGCGCGGCUAAGGUGCCACCGCAGCCACCGGCCGGUACAGCGCCUACGCCGACGAUUGCAAUGUCUCCUCCCAAGCCUCCGGGAGGUUCAUUCGCGCAGCGCGCGGCCGUGGGAGCUAGCUCGCAGUCUGCGCAUAUUGCGGCCGCGCCUGGUAACAACGCGCAAGUGCAAACCCCGGAACAGCUUCUCAGCACGUUUCAGUCGCUCACUGCGGGAGCGGAGGGUUCUGGCGUCCUGUGCACCGGCCCCACGAGUGGGUAUGCGCUUCGUCCGCAAAACACGGUCGCUUGGUCUCAGCGCUUGGCGCCCUUGGUGAGUUUAUUGCAAACGACGCUCAAGAACGUCGGCCCGGCUCGUUUCUUGGCCAUGUUAGACCGAGUUGCGAAUCCAUACGGCACGAGUAUUGCCGCCGAACUCGGAGCGAGGUUGAGUAAGGGUGCUCGUUUGGACAUUGUGCAGGACACGAACCUUUUGGCAGAUCUUGAUAACACGCCCGUUGUGGCGGCAAACCAAGGCGCGCACGUUCGCAUUGUUUGUACGCCGGUUAACCAGUCCGUGGUGGGCGCGAUCGGCCACAGCAACACUGCGAGCUGCGUCGUUGUUGGCACUGUGAAGGAUCGCGGUGUCGAUCAGGCAAGUGGUUUGUUGCGCUUCGUUCCGUUGGCUCUCCACCUGGAGCCCAUCGCGAACGUCUCGCCGCCGAGUGGGUCACCGUAUAUCAUGCUCACCUUCGCUUGGAUCGGUCUUCGAAGUGCCGCUCCGACUCCGACGCCGGCACCGGCAAGCGCCAUUGUUCGUCGGCCGGGUGACUGGACGUGCGCACGCUGCUCGGCGCAUAACUUUGCGAGUCGGUCGGCGUGCCAUAAGUGUAAACGGGAUAAGGCCGCAGCUGCGGAUAGUGAGGGUGUUAGUGUCGGUUUAUCGCCGACCGAGAGCAAAGCGAGCUCGGAGGCGGGCGGCCCUGGCGCCGGAAGUUUCCGCGCUGGGGACUGGAUCUGCAAGAGCUGCGGCGCUCACUGCUUCGCCUCAAGAACGUCCUGCUUCAAGUGUGAAUACCACAAGAUGGGCGACGAGGAUCCGCCUCCGCCGUCUGAAGGUACUCGCGGAUCUGGCGCGAAUCCGGACAACUUCAGGAGCGGCGAUUGGAUCUGCAGCAACUGUAGCUCUCACAACUUUGCCUCUCGCGUGUCUUGUUUCAGGUGCACUCGUCCCGCGGACAAGGGAUGA